ACCACCGAGACGAGUACAUGCAGACUGCUCUCCACAAAGCUGCAGCUACUGAGGGCUGGUGCUGACCCCAGUCCCCGCGACAACUGGGGGAGGACGCCACUGCACCUGGCAGCCAGGGAGGGUCACGAGCGCGCUCUCGGGUUCCUGCUCAGGGCAGGGGCAGACGUCCAGGCCACCGACAGCUGGGGGAGGACUCCUCUGCACCUGGCUGCGAAGGAAGGGCGCGAGCUCGCUGUCAUGUGGCUCCUCGUCCUGGGGGCGAAUUCUGGUGCUGCAGACAACUGGGGCAGGACGGCCCUGCACCUGGCGGCCAAGGAGGGCCACGCGACGACGGUGAAGUGCCUCCUCGAGAUGGACGCCGACCACAGCGCCCGCGACGGCUGGCAGCGCACUCCCCUCCACCUGGCGGCCAAGAACGGGCACGUGGAGUGCGGCGGUCGCCUGCUGGCUGCAGGGGCUAGCCUCAGAGUCAGUGACAACUGGGGGAGGACCCCUCUGCACCUGGCUGCGAGGGAAGGCGCCGACCAGAGCGUCCGGUGGCUGAUCCGGUACGGUGCCGUUGUCGACGCGAGGGACGAUUGGGAGCGGACGCCGCUUCAUCUGGCAGUCAUAAACAGGAGAGAGGCAGCUGCCGUGUACCUCCUGCGCAGGGGAGCUGAUCGUAGACUGCAGGACAGGUGGCAGAGUACACCUGAGGACUUGGCCAACGGAGAUGAAACCUUUGCUCUUAUGAUGGUUCUCGUAGAGGAAAAUGAUGAUAAGGAAUUUAUGGAAGAUAGCGAGCAUGAUUUUGAUGGGGAAGACCCCACUGACCCUUGUUUCAGUUAGCCAUACUAAAUGAUUAUCAGAUGCAGGAGUCCCCCCUGUAAGUGCCUGGAUGAAUUGAUUCUCUGGUGAGAGAGAAGCAAAAUCGUACUAAUCCCAACAGCACUUUGCAUAUUACAGCAUUCUGAUGAUCAAAACAAACUCCGUUUGAAAAAUGAAAUAUAUGCUCAUCCACACACAGGAAACUUCAUUGCACGGAAUUCAUGCUGCGCGGGAUUAGCCGAGCGGCCUAAUGCGCUGCAGUCAUGCGCUGCAGUCAUGCACUGUGCGGUUGGUCCCGGCGGAGAUUCGAGUCCUCCCUCGGGCAUGGGUGUGUGUGUUCGUCCUUAGGAUAAUUUAGGUUAAGUAGUGUGCAAGUUUAGGAACUGAUGACCUUAGCAGUUACGUCCCAUAAGAUUUCACACACUUUUGAACAUUUGAACGUAAUUCAUCCAGAAAUCACCAUCCACGCAAAAUUAUUGCAGUUAUGUACAUAAAAAAACAUAAAAGUCAAUAAAAAGGGCGAAGUUCUUGUGUCGAUGGGUUACAUUUUAGAUAUGGUUACCAAGCAAGUGACCACAAUUUCUUUUUUUGCUUUGUGUUUCUUUAUCUGUUUUAUUGCAACCAUUGACAUAACUACGAUGACUUCGUGUGGGUGGGAGACUAAUUGUAUUCCAUGCAAUCAAAGUGCUUAUGUGAGGAUAUUUCUGGUGAUGAACACAUGUUCCUUUGAAAUGCAAUAAUUUAGAGCUUCUGCCUCAUGUAUAUAUUCGCCUACAUUUUAUUUUUCAAGUGGAACUCACAGCCGGUGAUGGAUCAACUAAGAAAUAACUUUCUGCUUAUGACUAGUUUAACGCUAUGAAAAAUCUAGUACAGCUGGUUGUAAUGUGCCUGCUAUUCCCCAUCCCUUAUCUUUCCUUGAGUGACACCUUCACGUGAACAUCUGUCAAAGACUUCACUAGGUAUGCAAAUAAUCCUACUCACCACGAUCAUUUCAUUAAGAAACUGCAUGGGGCAAUAGUUACCAACAUGCUAGAUUUUCAUAAGCCAUCUGACAACUCCAGACCCAAUAAUCUGUUGUUUUGCAUUCAAUCGCUGAAGUGUUCAGAGCUUACUGGCUGGACAAAAUCGGCGACCAUGCAUUUAAAAAAUUGUAGGUAACCAGAAGACAGAGUAAAUAUUUGUAAGGAACUACAUAAAAGCAAUGCAACUACAAAAUCACAAACAUUCUUUCACUUAAAUGCUCUCCUUGUACAAUUAUGAAAGAACGCUACCUUUACUGCCACACUUACAAAUGCUAGUACAGUGCUGGAAAUGUAUUUAAGUGCUCACAAGGCCCCCCCUCCCUCCUCUAUCAAAACCUCUGCUAUUCAAUUCCUUAUUACUACAUCAACCACUACGCCAAAACGCCUUGCUUUUCACACAUCUCCUCUUGUAUACUACAGACUGAAUCUUUCAGUGUCUUAUGUUUUUGUUGGUCAGACAGUUGCUCAGUGUCCAUAUUUCCACUAGCUUACUACUUCUUCCCACGCUUCUCUACACUCCCACUGAACACACUCAGCAAGUGUCACUUUCUGUCUCUUCAUCUCCAAAUACUUUUUCCAUUUCCUUCACGGGUUACCAGCUUACCACUCAUACCGUGAAACCACCCUGUUGGCUGUCUCGGAAUUGUUGAUUACAAUCUUAUAGGAUUGACUUACUAGUUCUCUUUCUAUCUUCAAAACGUUUAAGAAAAUUCCUUGGGAGACAAACUGGUCAAUCUCAACCACAAUCCCCUCAAUAAAGAAAAGUCCUAAGUAAGUUAUUGGUUUGCAUUCAUAGACAAUAUCUGGUGUCCAACAAUAAAACUAUCUUUUUGUGUGAUAUUAUUAUGUAAGUAGCCUGCAAGAUGUACAUAAUU